ACAAACAGCCGAAGGAGGUAAAAGCUAAACAGAAUGAAUACAAUAAGAAAAACAAGCAGAUAAUUAAAUAUCAUGUCAUAAUAUUUAAUAAAGUAAAAUGUGAAUGACAGAGAGUGAAGUGCACAACAAUUUAAAACACACAAUAUACGAGCAACACAAUGAACAAUAUACUUCAAACAAAGUUUCUACACGGAGAGUUCUGAUUGGUCGCUGCAGCUCGCUACGUCACCCAAGCCUCCACAUUGGUCGCUUUAAUUAAAAAGAAAAAAGAACUAAAGUCGCCUCGGUUCACAUCCAACAUCCUGCAGCUGUGUUCAUUCCUGUAAUCUGUAGAUUGUUUUGAUAUUGUGGUUUAAGUUUCUCCGGUCUCCAGCUUGUUGAGUGCGCAUGUGCUCUUUGAGCGUAUCAAACUUUGUGCGCAUGCGUUCGUUAAAUAAAAGUAGCGUGAGAUUAGAGCGCGAGUGUUUUAACGUGAGUUCCUGAGCGGAUCGGCGCACCGGACCAUCUUCUCUCCGUUUCUCCGGUUUGUGUUCAGCGAAGAAGAAUCAAAAAGGCUCGUUAGUUUCCUCCUUCAUUGAUCUGCAGAGCCGGAAGUUGUCAGAGUCGAUGAGCAGAGUUUCUACAGUUUGCGAACAGUGACGGACUGAAGGAAAGACCCCACGUGGAGUCCACAGAGAUGCCCGCCCGGAUGGACGACGUCAUGCGUUUGUGCUGUGAAGUAUCGGCUCACGAGGAGAUCAAGGUCGCCGUGAAGAACUCCACCAAAGGGGCGAUGGUGGCGGGAGGAUCUGCGUUUGUGGGCGGGCUGCUCGGCGGACCUCCGGGGAUCGCUGUCGGCGGCGCCGUCGGCGGCCUCCUGGGCAGCUGGCUGACCAGCGGGCAGUUCAGACCGCUGCCUCAGAUCCUGAUGGAGCUGCCUCCCCCGCAGCAGAGGCAGCUCUACGAGUCCAUCACGGCCGUCUUGGGGAACCUGGACUGGACGGACGGGGCCCAGCUCAUCUCGCUCGUGAUGGGGAACUCCACCCUCCAGCAGCAGGUCGCCGCGGCCUUAAUUAGCUACGUCACCAAGGAGCUGAAAGCGGAGGUGCGCUACAAGGACUGAGGGAUGGUUCCACGUGGACCUGACCUUUGAACUGAAUCACGGACGUCUCGCAGCUCACACAGACGAAGUUCUCAGUCAUGUUUGUGCAGCACUGAUGUCUUUGUUACUUUGGCUUUUUUAAUCCCUGCAUGGGAGCAGCGUGUAAUUUACUCAGGAUUCCCACACUCUGCAUCAGCGUCUUUUUAGAGUGCUGCUGCUCUCAGAUCUCAAGCUUUUCGGCUUCUUUGACUGACAGCUCAGUGACCACCUCAGCUGGUACGCUGUAAAAUGAUUAAACGCCCCCCGAAGGCCGAGGGCUGGUACUACACCUUUUUUAUCAUGUUUUUACUGCAGCGUGUUAUGACAUCAUUGUGACGCU